UGAUGGUCGAAGACCAGUCUCGUAGUGGCUUCUUCGGUGGGUGAUUGUGCCGGUAGACGGCGGUGUGAAGAUGAAGAACUUUUACACAUGUUAUGUUCUCCUGGUGCUGAGUGCAAGAACGGCGGUUGCGCAGUUUAUUGGACAACAAAGCCAGUUCCCAAGCCUCGAUCAACGAAACCAAUUAUCGCCUCAGCAACAAGGUCACAUCUUGAGCGAUAUUCAACAGCACCAGCACAGAUUUAACGUGUUUCCGCAGACCCAACAUUUUCCGCCUCAACAGUUCGGGGUACAGCCUCCCGUUUUUAACAAUCCGCCGGUUUUCGCCCAGCCGACCCAGUUCCCGGUUCUGUUGAACCAGAACCCGAUCUUGUCGAACCAGCCGUUGGUCCAGGUGAUACCCACUCCGAGCGUGCAGCCCGUCGUUUCCACGGUACAGACAGUGGUCGCACCGACGGCGCAACCGGAGGUGAAUACCAGGCUAGUCCAGCACCACACUCAGACGAGUUUCACGCCGGGCUUUGCUCCACAGACCCAACAACAACACAACGUGCCUCAACAAAACAACGCUUUCACCCCUAGACCCACGGUCGACCCCAUUGUGGCCAUCGAGCACCAGAUUCGUCAACUGGAUCCCGAGAAGCACAAGCAGAGGAUAAAAGAGCUGAGGGAGAAGCAGCAGAUUAUCGAGAAGCAUAACCAGUUUGUGGAGAAGCAGUACGAGAAGGCGUUGAAGAAGGCGCAAACUGAACAUGAACAAUGGGUCGAAGAGCAGAAGGAGCAGAAGAAGAAGUUGUAUCAAAGGGUGUACAAAGGGCCAGGGAAUGCUCAAGUUAUAAGGUACACUCAGUCGAUUCCGAGGUACAUUUAUCCGGAAGAAGCUCCUCUCUUCAAGCUGGCUUUGGACGAGUACUAUAAGGAGCAUCCUACGACUACUACUACGACGACGACGACGACGACGACAACGACGAAACCUCCAACAACAGAGAAGAGUAAAAAGUCGGGGAAUACGUUCCUGCCGACUGUCGUUCCGACUAGUGAAACUAAAGUCAAGACGAUACAGACUCUAGAGGAUUUGAAUCUGCUCCAGAGACAGUACAAGUCGCAACAGAUUGCAAAAGACGAUCUCUUGGCACAACUACGGCUUGCCAUCGGUAACAGUCCUGAGGAUGACGUUGCGAAAAACUUAUCCUCGCGUGAAAUAUCACUAGCUAAUGGGAAAAAAGUCCAACUGAUCGAAACCAGCGACCCUAAAUUAAUCCCGAAUGGAAAAACGGAAGAAAUCACCUUACCCAACGGCGAAAAAGUUCAAGUCUUUAGAGCGAACAACCCACCUACGAAACCUGAAGAAAUCACUCUACCCAAUGGCCAGAAAGUUCAAGUAAUCAAAACCACAGAUCCUAAAUUAGUCGCGAGCGCUUCUUCUUCAUCCACAGUCAAAACCCAAGAAAUCACCUUACCCAACGGAGAAAGAGUCGAGGUUAUUCGAACCACAGACCCUAAACUAGUACCAGGAGCAACUCCUCUUGAACCCGGAAGCGACCUCGAGAAGCUCGUUUUUGCUCAAACCACUACAGUCAAACCUCCAGCAGCAGUCUUUGACGAAUUCACCAAAGGUGUGCUACCACCAGGCGCCAACUUUGAACUGCUGAAAACUGGGGCUAGCGGAAACUUGGAACAGAUCGGAGGCAUCCCCAACCAAAAGAAGGUGACUUUCGUGCUCUUGGAAGAACAAGACGACGGUACUCUAAAAGUGCAAGGAAUCAAAGGCAACGGCAAGGAGAAACCAGAAGUGGACGUCGACUCGAUCCUCAAGAAAAUCCAAAAGGGGGAGAUCAAACUCCCGUCUCACUUGAAACCAACGCCGACAGCCGAAACCAAAAUCGAAACCACCACGACCCCAAAGAAAGAACUCGUCCCAGGUAUCACGGUGGUACCGAACUCCUUCGCGAGCGUCGACGACGCAUCUAGCGUACCGAUUUUGAGAACCAACAUCGGGACGCACUUUGUGGCCACGUCUACGCCGUCGAGCACGAUCUACACGAAAAUCUUCCCUAGUAGUACCGUACGGAGUACCACUACGGCGACUCCCUUCACCACGACGGCUCGUAAAAUCACACGACAACCCCAUAUUCUAAACCAAGGAAAUGAUUUGGUGCGACAGGCCUCUACUACGAAUUCCGGGACUCAGAACACCAUCUUCAAUUAUCAGUCGACGAUCAAACACCCCAAACCCACCGCCCCGACGCUGCCGUCGUCCUCGGUUACCAUCUUCCAGAGUAUAUCUCCCACGAUCCCCACGACGCCUUACUUCGUCGAACCCACCCCAGACAAACCCCAUCAAGAGCUGCCGGAAGUACUGAAAAAGAACGGUAUGUUCGCAAUGGCGAAGUUCUUGCGGCAGUCGGGUCUCGAUACGAUUUUGAACGAAACCGGCCCUUACACCGUCUUCGUUCCGACGGAUAAAGCCUUCAGGACGCUUCUCGUCCAGCUGGGAGGGCCCGAACGGGCCGAAGAGAAGUUCAAGGAGAACCCGCGGCUCCUCAGCGGGUUGCUGCUUCACCACGUCAUACCUGGAGCUUUUACCAUCGGUUCUCUCCAAGAUGAAAUGACCGGAGUGUCGUUGGCCGGCACCCAAUUAAGAGUGAACCAAUACAACAUGCACGACGUAGAAUGGAACGACGUUAAGAUUACGACAAUUAACGGUGCCAAGGUUCUGGAUGAGAAGAAAGACAUCGAGAUACCUCAAGGUAUAGCACACUCUGUCGACAGGGUAAUGUUCCCGUUACCCGUAGGCGACAUUGUGCAAACUCUCCAGUCGGACAGAGAGAGGAGAUUCACGAGUUUCCUGAGGGCGCUGUUCUCUUCCGGACUUGCCGAAACGUUACAAGGCACGAAAACCUUCACGUUGUUCGCGCCGACGGACAAAGCUUUCGCCGCCUUAUCAAGCGAGGAGCUUUCCAGGACCAUCUCCGACAGGACUCUAGCCAGGGAGCUGAUCUUCAGGCACCUCACGCCCGGUACUCUGUACACCAACGGCAUGAGGUACUACCAGAUCAAAGACAGUCUGCUCGAAGACAAGCAGCUCACGAUCAGCAAGCAAUCAGGUAAAGUGAAGGUGAAUAAUGUUCCAUUGGCGACCCAGAACAUUCCGGCCACCAACGGAGUGAUCCACGCGCUGGACGCCCUUCUUUAAAUAGUUAAGUUAUUAAGUAUUUAUUUCACAGUCAUUUAUCGUUCACAUGCGCCAUCAUCUUUGUUUUGUUUUUUGUGUAUUAUAUCGUUAAAAAUAAGGCUGAACACUGUCAAAACGCCACUUAAAUUAUGAU